AUGGAGGAGGAGCUCUUGGAGACGUUCGGGGCCGCGAAAAAGGCCGCGGACAGGACCCAGAACGGCGGGGAGUACACUGAGGUGAAACGUUGUGUCAGUGCUCUCCGGAGGUUGAAGAAGAUACCGGUUACUAGGAAGAGUUUGGUGGCCACCCAGGUUGGCAAAAAACUUCGCCUUCUGACAAAACAUUCCCAGGAUGAGAUUCGGACCGUGGCAAAUGAUUUGCUUCAGUACUGGAAGAAUCUAGUUGUUCAGGAGGCAUCGAAAAAUAACAAGAAAAUUGUUCCAAAGGUUGAAAAGAAAAUUGAGCAAGCAAUGAAACUCAAGGCUGACAGGAAUCCAAAAGCUGCAUCAACAAAGAGCGACAUUGUUUCAAAAUUGAAGUGGGUUGAAGCUGACAAGGCACAGAAUGAUGAAGUGACCAAACUAGGGUCUGUCAAAUCAGAGAAGGCCAAUUCUGAUGGCUUUUCCAAGGAUGAGAAUAUGGAACCUCUUUCAAAGAAACCUCCCUUGGAUACUUACUCACUUAAGCUGAAUUCAAUGGUGAAGUGUAACGAUUCUGUGCGUGAUAAGAUCCGAGAGCUUAUUGCAGAAGCCUUUUCACGAGUUCCUAAGGAAACAGCUGAAAGCAAAUCAGACGAAGUGAGGAACAUCCUGGAUGAAGUCGAUGCAUGCGAUCCUAUCCGUGUAGCUGUAUCUGUGGAAUCUGCUCUGUUUGAGAAGUUAGGCCUCUCAACUGGUUCUCAAAAAUACAAAUACAGAUCUAUAAUGUUCAAUUUGAGGGACAACAAUAACAAAGAUUUCCGACGAAGAGCUCUCCUUGGUCAUGUGAAGCCACAGGAAAUAGCAACUAUGACCACCCAAGAUAUGGCGAGUGAUGAUCGGAAAGCGGCCUACAAACAGCUAAAGGAGAAGCUCUUGUUUAAAUGUGAGAGACGAGCAGCUCCUAAAGCAACGACUGAUCAGUUCAAAUGUGGGCGAUGCGGACAAAGGAAGACUACGUACUAUCAAAUGCAAACGCGUUGUGCCGAUGAGCCAAUGUUGUAUUAUUUAAAUCAACCAAUGACUACUUUUGUUACUUGUGUUAACUGCAACAACCAUUGGAAGUUCUGUUAA